GUCCCCUCCGGUGCCCUCCCUUCCAGUUUGGCCGCACAGGACAACGUUUGUCCCGGACUCCGUUGCAGGCAGCGCUGUAACUUCGACGAGCAACUGCGGCUCCUACUCUUCGUGAAGCACGUCAACUCGAGCGGGGGAAGAUUUUCGACGUUCUGUGGCCCGGCCGUCGGCACGUUGAAACACUUCGUGGAGUGGAAGUAAAAGAAGAGACGGGACGGGAAAGUGGACGAGAAAAAAACGACUGGGAGGAUUCAAGCGGGCUCGCCUCCUUGCAGCAUCUCGGCGAGGCCUUCAUCUUCCCCCAUGGGUGCACCCUGCGAGGACGCGACACGCAGACGCAAAUCACCCGAGCAAGACGACAAGUGUGAAAGAAUGAAGACCAGCUAGACGUGUCCCGUCUCCCACGAGUAACUGCGGUUUGAGUUUUUUUUAUUUUUUCCCCUCCCCCCCCUUUGGAAACGCGCCACAUCUUUUGGACAACAUGAGCACGGAAGGUUACCAGUACCGAGCGCUGUACGACUACAAGAAGGAGCGCGAGGAAGACAUUGACCUUCACGCCGGGGACGUGCUGCUGGUGAGCAAAGGGGCGCUGGUGGGCCUGGCGUCCCUGAGCUACACCGACGGCCUGGAGCAGCGGCCCGAGGAGAUCGGCUGGCUGCCCGGCUUCAACGAGACCACGCAGGAGAAGGGCGACUUCCCCGGCACCUACGUCGAGUACGUCGGCAAGAAGCGCAUCUCGCCGCCCACGCCCAAGCCCCGCCCGCUACGCCCCUUGCCCGUGGCCCCGGCCGCCUCCAGGGCCGAGUCCGAUUCCGACUUGGAGCAAGGCGCGUGGCUGCUGGACCUGACGGAGCAGUUUUCCCUCCCCGAGACGGCCCCGCCGCACCUGGCCCGCCUGCUCGACGCCAUCGAAAAAAAAGGUCUGGAGAACCCCACGUUGUACCGGACUUUUACUGCAGGGGGCGGUAAUGAAGUCAGGCAAUAUUUGGAGUCCGACCCGGCCUCGGUGGACCUGGACCAGAUGGAGCUUCCCGCCCUGUGCGACGGCCUGCGUCGCUACCUGCAAGACCUCCCUCAGCCCAUCGUCCCGACCGCCGUGUACGCGCAGCUGCUGCACGCCGCCAAAGAGGUGUCCAAUCCCGAGGAGUGCGCCCAACAGCUGCGUCGCAUUGCCGGCGGCCCCGCCCUGCCCCCCCAGUACUGGCUGGCCCUCCAGUGCGUUCUACGCCACCUGGCCCGCGUGUGCCAGAGCGCCGCCAAGAACCUGUUGAGCGCCCGAGCGCUGGGCGAGAUUUUCAGCCCGCUUUUCUUCAGGCAGCAGAGCGCCAGCUGCGAGCCCAGCCUGGAAGCCCACGUCAGGAUCAUCGAGGUUCUGGUGGCCAGCGAAUGGACCGAAAGUCAGGCCGCUCCAGCUCUACCUCCCAAGCCGCCCAAGCCCGCUCCCGUUCCUAACAACGUUCAGAACAACGGCAUGGCGCUCCAGGACGCCGAAUGGUACUGGGGGGACAUCUCCCGCGAGGAGGUCAACGAGAAGCUGCGGGACACGGCGGACGGAACCUUUUUGGUCCGCGACGCUUCCACCAAGAUGCACGGCGACUACACGCUAACGCUGAGGAAAGGCGGCAACAACAAGCUCAUCAAGAUCUUCCACCGCGACGGCAAGUACGGCUUCUCGGACCCGCUCACCUUCGGCUCGGUGGUGGAGCUCAUCAACCACUACCGCAACGAGUCGCUGGCGCAGUACAACCCCAAGCUGGACGUCAAGCUGCUCUACCCGGUCUCCAAACACCAACAGGAUCAGGUGGUGAAAGAGGACAACAUCGAAGCCGUGGGCAGGAAGCUGUGCGAGUACCACCAGCAGUACCAGGAGAAGAACAAGGAGUACGACCGUCUGUACGAGGAGUACACCAGAACCUCGCAGGAAAUCCAAAUGAAGAGGACCGCCAUCGAGGCCUUCAACGAAACCAUCAAGAUCUUUGAGGAGCAGUGUCAAACGCAGGAGCGCUACAGCAAGGAGUACAUCGAGAAGUUCCGGAGGGAGGGCAACGACAAGGAGAUCCAGAGGAUCGUGGGCAACUACGAAAAACUCAAGUCCAGGAUUAGCGAGAUCGUGGACAGCAAGAGCCGCCUGGAGGAGGACCUGAAGAAGCAAGCGGCCGACUACCGGGAAAUCGACAAGAGGAUGAACAGUAUCAAGCCGGACCUCAUCCAGCUGCGCAAGACCCGAGACCAGUACCUCAUGUGGUUGACCCAGAAGGGCGUCCGGCAGAAGAAGCUCAACGAGUGGCUGGGAAUCAAGAACGACAACGUGGAAGAUCAGUACUCGAUGGUGGACGACGACGAAGACCUGCCCCAUCACGACGAGCGCUCGUGGAAGCUGGGCAACAUCAACCGGCUGCAGGCCGAGGCGCUCCUGCAGGGCAAGCGCGACGGAACAUUCCUGGUGCGCGAGAGCAGCAAGGCCGGCUGCUACGCUUGCAGCGUCGUCGUGGACGGCGAGGUGAAGCACUGCGUCAUCAACAAGACGCCGUCGGGCUUCGGUUUCGCCGAGCCCUACAACCUGUACGGCUCGCUCAAGGAACUGGUCCUCCACUACCAGCACACGUCUCUGGUGCAGCACAACGACUCUCUGAAUGUGACGCUCGCCUACCCGGUCUACGCGCAGCAGAGGCGGUGAGGCGGCCGGGGGCCCGCGUACGACAAAGGAGGCUUCAGCAAGGACGGGGAGGGGGGGGCGGGCGGGACGCACCACCCAAAAAGGACGAGCUUUUCGGCGACUGCCCGACCAGUCUGAAUGUACUUUUCAUCUUCUUUUAAGCGUUUGUGUGCCCCCCCCCCCCCCACUUCCCAACCCAACCCCCUCGGGACCCCCCCCCCCGCCCCAGGACACUUUGAGGCCUUUUCCUAAACGGUGCUUGCGGAUUUGAGAGCGCUUUACCGGCCGCUGUGGAACUCCACCCCCGACCCCCCCACCCCCCCCACCUGCCGCCCCUUUUGUUUUUUCAUGUGCGUGUGCACAUGUUUCUUUGUGUUGAGUUCGUGUUGGUGUGAGUGCGCGCGAGACUGUGAAAGAGUUUGCGGCACGAAAAAAAAGUGAACGUGUGAUUGCGUGUGCACGCGAGAGCACGUUUCUGUCCUUGCGCGUGAGUCCGUUUGUGAGUCGGCGCGUGCGUCCUUAGCAAGACUGUCCGUGUGACCAAAACUCAUGAAAGGGUGAAAGAGGCGCAUCGCGUGCGUGGAGGUACUCGCUGGUAUCGACGGUCGAAUAGCAGACGUGGAUCAGCUGAUCAAUGUAGCAUAAUGGCACUUUUUGCAACCGCCCCCCCCCCCCCCCUGCCCUUCCUAUUGGACGAGUCCUAUGGACUUUUGGGCGGGAGGCGGUUAAACUAUGAACCAAGCGCACCAAAGCAGUAAAAAAAAAAACAAAACAAAAACAAAAAAAAUGUUUCCGUUGAGUUGAUUUUUUUUUUUUCCUUUUGGUUUCUGAUCUGCUAUGCAAUUGUUUGUCCACACUCUGUUGCAAAGCCUCAUAUAAGCUUGUGUCAAUAUCCACAGUGGUAUUUUGAAAUGUACAAAUGCCAACCUGCCGUCAACAUCUGGUUUUGGUUUUUUUUCUGGAAAUAAUAAUUUAAAAAAAAAAAAAGUCCGACCGACGGAGGGAGGAAAAAGCUAUUUUAUUAGUCCUGCGUCGCUUCAAACUGCUCCCGUCUCAGGCAGAACGGUCCAGGCUGCUUCGCUCAGAAAUGCAGUUGACGCGGAACACUGUUUUCACGUAUUUUCAUAUAACAACUAGAGAGAGAGAGAGAAAUAUUUACCCCCCACCUCCUACAAAGCCGUGGCAAAUCAAUAGAACAUCCGUGAUUCACUUUAGUAUUUUUCUGUAUCAGAAAAUGAAAAUAUCGACGGCGGGUGGGUGAGCUCAUUUCACUUUCCGUUUCCACGCUAACGUGAUUAGCAUUAUUAGCGUCGCCAUUUGAAACGACUUUGCCCCCGAUUGCACGCCCACCUUCGUUUCCCAACUUUGACAUUUAAGCUACUUACAAAAAGGUUUGGCAUAUUUGGAUGAAAAAAAAAUGAGUAAGAUGCGUGCGACGGUGCCAUGCGCGAGACCAGGGGAGUCACAGAAAGCCGUGUAAGGAAAUAAUGAUGAUUGCAUCUCAGAUUUCUGACAGGUUUCCCAUUGAGUGGAUGUGAAAUCCUGUUGCAUGGACAGCAGCAGGCGGCUAAAGAGAAUUCCCUCACGCUAUUAUGUUGCCGCUAUCGAGAGAUGAUCGAAAAAUCUCCAUCGUUUGGAGGAAAAAAAAAAUUUCUUCGGACCAAUCAAGUGAAAUUGGCUCAUUUCCCAAGACCCGCUGCGUUUGCUAACAAACAAACAAGCUAGCUGUAAACGAUGAGCGCAAUGCAAAAAAUGUCGUGGCUAACUAGUGGGUGUACAUCGCUUUUGUUUUGAAAUGUUUUUGACUGAAAAGGAAAAAAAAGAAAACUCAUCAAGGCUACUCGAUGUGUCACAUGUGACGUUUUGUCUCACCUUUUUCAACAAGCUGCUGAUGUCGUUUCAUUUGAUGAUGAGGAGGAGUUGUUGUUGUUUAUUUUUACGAGUUGUUUUUUUAAUCGUUUCCUCAGCAUCACGAAGCAUUCUUUUUGUUGUUUUCUCCUCCGGCUUUGGACGACGAUUGGGACUUUUUUUUUUGCCAGGAGAUCCCCAACGUGUUUGGUGAAUUGACAUGAUGGUUUCCCUUUGUUGCUUCAAAACCUGCAUCGGGCUCCCUUGAAAAAAUAAAACCCCUUUCUUUUUAACAAAA